CUGACUCUUUGCGCCACGACUUCUUACUUUGCUUCCCAAAGGAUUGGCAACGCCCCCCCUUUUUUUUUUCCUCUUCCGCCCAGAAAAGGGCUGGCGCAGGGCGAUCUGGCGGUGUUGCGGAAGCAGGUACCGAAAGCAUUUUGCGGCAUGGUGGAUGUUUUCCAACCUCGGCUGACUAUAGGUGCGAGGACUCUGCGCGGCCGCUAUCCGCGUGGGUGAGGGGCAGCUACUGGGUCGGCGUGCCCGGAAUGAGCUGCCAGUUAGCAUUUGGAGAGAUCCAGCCUUCGCCUUUCCCGGAACUUUUCGAAGGCUGCUGUGCCCCGAGUUACAGAACCCACGGCGUUUAUGCGUGGGAGUUCUAGAACUCCGGCCCUCGGGCGUUCGGAGAUGCCGGUAAGGCGAGCGGUCUUGUUGCCGCUGCUCGUGACCGGGGCCUUAUUCGCCAUACUGCUAGAGCCGAGCCGAUGCCAGGAGCCCGAAACUCCGGAUUGGAGGAUGACAUUGAAGACCAUCAGAAACGGCGUUCAUAAGAUCGAUACUUAUCUAAAUGCUGCUCUGGAUCUCCUGGGAGGAGAGGAUGGACUCUGUCAGUAUAAAUGCAGUGAUGGAUACAAACCUUUAUCUCGCUAUGGCUAUAAACCUUCACCACCCAAUGGAUGUGGUUCUCCACUCUUUGGAGUUCAUUUUGACAUUGGCAUUCCUUCAAUGACAAAAUGCUGCAAUCAACAUGACAGAUGUUACGACACUUGUGGUAGCAAAAAGCAUGAUUGUGAUGAGCAGUUUCAAUAUUGCCUUUCAAAGAUCUGUAGAGAUGUGCAGAAGACAUUAGGAAUACCUGAGUCUGUGCAAGCUUGUGAAUCUACAGUACAACUAGUGUUUGAUGCACUCAUACAUCUCGGAUGCAAGCCAUAUCUUGACAGUCAGCGAGCUGCAUGUAUGUGCCAGUAUGAAGUCAACAGAGACCUGUAACAAGAUUUUUCUGAAGUGAUAGAGCCCUUUAUUGUUACAAAGCUGUCCUAAAGAGACAGUGAACAUGCAACUGGACUUUCUACUCACCAGGAGAAGACACUAAUAUGCAUAUUUUUAUGUAGCACUUCUUUCAUCAGUUAUGUAUGCAUUCUUAAACUAUAAGGAUCGGGGACACCUCUUUUAGAGAUGAAUUGGAUAUUUUAGCAGCUGCCUUAAGUAGAUAGGAUUGUCAAUGAAUGCUGCUCUAAACUGAAGGAAGUGAAUACUGAAGAUGGCAUGAGAUAAAGGAAAAAAAAAGUAGGUCAAUCCUUGGGGUCACAAUCAAUGAAUAUCUCUUCUGUUUGAUUUUUCUUAUAGAAGAAAAAUACCCCAAAAGGCAAAAACCAAAUAUUUGAAAGACUUUAAAAAAUAUGACUGGAAAUGUUCAGUCAUUUGUAUAUUGACAUUGUAUGAUGUAUGUAAUAUUUGUUUUUACCACAAAACAGCUGUUUUCCAGUUCUCCAAUGAUAUUGUAAUUCUCUGAAAACAAUAGUUUAUUAACUAUUUAAAAGAAUACUUCUAUUGAAGAUAAAUAUCUAUCAUGAAUUGCAAAACCAGAAAAUGUUUGAUACAAAGAUAUUUGUCCUUUAUUAUGUAUGUUGCUUAAAUAAUAUAUCCCUUUUAUUCUGGAAUAUCUCAAAAUUUAAUUUUAAGACUAAUUUAUCAUUAUGAAUUGAUUUAAUAACUGUGCAAGGAUGCUUUCAUGGGCUUCUCAUUCCCAAAGUUUUUAUAAAUAAUGACUACUGAGUCAGAUUCCGCCUCAAGUAUAAAAAAUUGAUGAAUUACUUGAUAUUAUUUGAAAAACAGUCUUUGAUGCAUUUUCUUCUAGUGCCUUUAUUAAUGAAGUGGACAUUUUAAAAGUGAAUAGGUGUGAAAUAAAAUUAUCUGUUUAGAAAGGGAAAAAAUUAAACAUGCUAAACUGAA